AUGCCAAAGGAGUUUGAGUCCUACCUCUUCUACAAGAUUACCGACAUACGAAGAUUCCGCAAUGAUCUCAGAGACUAUAUCAGCAACAUCACCACCGGUUUGGAUUGCGAAGCCCGCCUAGCAAAUAUCAAAGCUGCCCAAGAUGCAGGUGUUCCCAGAAAGGUUCACAUGUCGGGUGUGAAUGUUGCAUUCAGCCAGAAGGGGCUACAAAAGGUAUAUUUGAAGUUUUCGAUUCCCGAGAUUGAUGGAGCCGAGCUUGAUGACGGCUUGUUCGAGAAGGGCAUGUACAGCGACCUCGUUUUCGAGGGUGCUGAUGCCCCCGAAAGACUACUUCCGGAAUUCAAACCUCCGCCUGGACACAACUCCGCCAAAGAUGAUGACAGUUGGCGCUGUGACUUGGUCUUUAUUGUGGCUGCUUCAAGCGAUCAGAACCUGAACGAUGGCAUUGCGAAACUUGAAACCAACUUCCACUUGAGAGAUUUCAACAAGAGAAGUCUCGAGUUGGUGGUCGCGAAACAUGGACAGCGUCGACCAGGAGAGCUUCGCGGCAGAGAGCACUUCGGAUUCGAAGAUCACAUUUCGCAACCUCAGAUCCAGGGCCUUGAUCCCGAGCCCAAGAAAAACGAGCCGCUUUCGUGCCCUCCAGGAUAUAUCUUCGUUGGUCACGACGGCGAUCCGAGACAGCACAAAAUGCCGCCUUGGUCUUAUGAAGGCAGUUUCCUGGUUUUCCGCCAGAUGGACGAGAAGGUUCCCGAGUUCAACAAGUUCGUCAAGGAAGCCGCAAGCAAGAUCCCCAAUUAUCAGGGAGAUAACGGCGCCGAGAAAUUGGCAGCUCAUAUGAUGGGACGCUGGAAGAGUGGCGCGCCCGUGGCUUUGACACCCGACAAGGAUGACCCAAGUAUGGCAACAAGAAACGAUUUCGAUUUCCGACCUAAGCAGAGCAUUUUGGGUUGCCCCUUUGCCGCCCACGCCCGCAAGAUGCGCCCCAGAGCCGAUCACAAGCGCGAUCUUGGAAAGUAUGACGAUGACCUCGUGGCCGGGCAAUUUACCGAUCCACAGGUGCCCGGUCCUGAGAACCCUCCGGAUGAGGAAGUCGACAGUGACGAGGAGCCAGAUCAGGAGCCUGAUAAGGAAGAUGCUAGCGUAAUCCUGCGCCGUGGUAUCACUUUUGGCCCCGAGCUUGGAGCCGACGAGACGGAAAAGACACUCAGAAGCCGUGGUAUUUACUUCACCUGCUAUCAGAGCGAUAUUCGGGAUGGCUUCAAUUUCCUCAUGACCCGAUGGGCAAGCAACAGCGUUUUCCCGACGUCCAAGAAGAGAACGCACCAGGAUGGCCCUGGAAUGGAUCCAUUUAUCAACCAGAGACAGCGCAAAGAUCAUCCUGAGGGUCACAUCAGUUUAUACGACGGAUUGGAUCCGGAGAAGACACACAAGCUUGAACUUGGUACCAGUCCUUGGGUGGACCAGCGGGGUGGUGAAUAUUUCUUUACCCCGUCCAUCCGAGGUCUGCACUGGUUCUGCAAUAGUGUAUAG